CUCCUUACUACCCACCAUGUCGGUCCCACGACCGCAAGAUAUCAACGACCUUGCUCUUUCCCCGUCCACGUCGGACGAUGUGCUCGUCUCGGUCCUCCGCGAGCGAUUCCUUUCUGAUACCGUCUACACCGCAAUUGGCAGCUCCGCCCUCGUCGUCGUCAACCCAUACAAGUAUGUCUCAAGCAACGCUGACAACGUCUUGCUGGACUAUGCGGCCGAGUACCGGGACACUGACGCACAUGACGACCGACAUGUCAAACCACCGCAUAUAUUCCAGUUGGCGAACAACGCAUAUUUUCACAUGAGGAGGACGAACAUGGACCAGUGCAUCUUACUGAGCGGUGAAUCUGGUAGUGGUAAAAGCGAGACCCGUCGCUUGGCCAUCAAGUCGAUCCUUGAGUUGUCCGUGACGAGCCCAGGCAAGAAAGGCGGAAAGAUGGCUACUCAGAUACCGUCUGGGGAAUACAUACUCGAAUCUUUUGGCAACGCACGGACACUCCAAAACCCCAACGCUUCCCGUUUCGGCAAAUACACCGAGCUUCAAUUCUCGGAACGCGGUCGCUUAUGUGGCAUCAAAACCCUCGACUAUUACCUCGAAAAGUCGCGUGUUGCUGGUGCACCGGGUGGCGAGCGCAACUUCCAUGUCUUCUACUACCUCUGCUCUGGUGCGUCCCAGGAAGAGAGGCAACAUCUCAAGCUUGCGGACAAAUCGACCUUCCGCUAUCUCGGCCAACGGCCAACAGGAGGCAGGGAGGCGGUUACAGAAGACUCCCAGCGGUUCGAUCGUUUGAAAAUGGCAAUGAAAAGUGUUGGAUUGUCGAAGCGACACAUCGCGCAGACUUUCCAGUUGCUCGCAGCCAUCCUCCACCUCGGCAACAUCGACUUCACGAUGGACAAGUCGCGUAACGAGGAUGCUGCUGUUGUUAAGAAUGUUGAUCAACUCGAAAUCGUUGCCGAUUUCCUUGGUGUACAACCACAUGCGCUCGAAGCUGUCAUGCAGUACAAGACAAAACUGGUGCACAAGGAGCUGUGUACCAUCUUCCUCGAUCCUGAAGGCGCAGGUGGCAACCGAGACGACCUCGCGAAGACCCUUUACUCGCUGCUCUUUGCAUUGCUCAACGAGACGAUGAACCAGAACCUAUGUCGUGACGACUUCCUUACAUUUAUCGGCCUAUUCGAUCUCCCUGGGUUCCAGAACAUCUCUUCUUCCGCCAGCCGUACCAACUCCUUGGAUCAGUUCUGCGUCAACUUCGCCAAUGAGCGGCUCCAGAACUGGGUGCAGAAGCGCAUAUUCGAGAGGAACAACAAGGAAUAUGAAGCGGAGGAGAUUGCCAGUCUUAUUCCCACGAUUCCGUUCUUCGACAACUCUGAAUGCAUUCGACUAAUGUCACACCAGCCUGGUGGACUCAUCCAUAUUAUGGAUGAUCAGGCGAGGAGGCAACCGAAGAAAAACGAUCAUACCAUGGUUGAGGCAUUCAGCAAGCGCUGGGGAAAUCAUUCGUCAUUCCGCGCCGGUCAGAUGGACCGUUCAGGCUUCCCAACCUUCACCGUCAACCACUAUGUCGGACCUGUGACAUACUCUGCGGAAUCCUGGCUCGAGCGUGACACCGAUGCUCUCAAUCCCGACUUUGUUUCCCUUCUUCGUGGUGCAACUUUGAAUGCCGAUGAGUCACCGCCUCUUCAUAUGGGCGGCAGCGAAGUCACCGGGUCUAUUAAUCCUUUCGUCCGCAGUCUUUUCUCUGCCAAGGCGAUCGCGACCCAGGCACACCCGUAUAACGAGGAUACCAUCGUAGCUGCGCAGCAGCCAGUCAUGCCAAUGCGUGCUCCCUCGACUCGCAGAAAGCAAUCUGUGCGCCGUGCGCGCGCUUCGCAGCAAGUCAACUCUCCUCCAGCUGUUCAAGAGGACGAGGAGCCGCCGAGGGAAAUCAAGUGUGUUGCGGGUGAAUUCCGCACAGCCCUCGAUGUGUUAUUUGAAACCCUUGAUGAGACGCAAGCCUGGUUCGUCUUCUGUAUCAACCCCAACGAUUCCCAGCUGCCGAACCAGAUGGAAGGUCGUGGUGUCAAGGCACAAGUGCGUAGUCUGGGCUUACCAGAGGUCGCCAAGCGUCUGUCGGUGUCCUUUGAAGCAAGCAUGACGCCCAUCGAGUUCUGCGACCGGUACAAGAGCCAGAUGGUUAUGCUUGGGAUAGGGAUCGAAGACGACUUUAGAGAGCGCAUCACGAGGACGCGCGAUGCCCUUGAUCUUGGCGAACAGGACGUUGUUGUCGGAAAACACAAAGUUUUCCUCAGUCAUACCGCUUUCCACGUCUUGGAGAACUACCUGCGAGCAAGUGAUAUUGAUGAGCAGAAGCGGAACCGUAACCGGGAAUUGGAGCGCGAGGAAGUGGACCGUCCCACAUUCGAUCCUUUCGCGCCCUAUUCACCUCUUAAUGCAGAAGUCGUCGAUUCUCCUCAUCCUGGUGUUUAUCAUAACCCGCGCUCUGCAAGGACCAAUUCCUCUGCAGGUCUCGUCAUGAACGCUGCGCCGUUCCGUGGUGCGGCUCUGGAUGACGGAGCAACUGAUGAUGGGCGGUCGUAUCGCAGUGGCACCGACUAUGAUACUCGCAGUCGGGCAACUAGCCAGAAGGAUGAGGUGAUGUCCAUGACCUCUUACGCACCGACGAACAACAUGUUCCAUAACAUGGAUAAGCAGGUUAUUCCGGAGAAGGACGCGCUUCCUGGAGAAGCAUUGGAAGGAGAAACAACAGAAGAUCUGCGCGAGUCCGUUGGUCGUCGGCGAUGGGUAUUUUUCUGCUGGAUGCUUACCUUUUGGAUCCCCAGUUUCAUCCUUUCGUUUGUCGGGAGGAUGAAGCGUAUGGAUAUCCGGCAGGCGUGGCGCGAAAAAGUGGCGAUAAACAUGAUCAUCUGGUUUGUCUGCGGUUGUGCCAUAUUCGUCAUCGCGAUCCUUGGCAACCUUAUCUGCCCCACUCAAUAUGUGUUCAGCACAAGCGAGCUGCAAAGCCACUCAUUCCAAAACAACCCGUCGCAGUUAUAUACGGCCAUUCGUGGAGAAGUUUUCGAUCUUACCAACAUUGCUGCCCUUCACCUCACGGCUGUUUCGGUCGUGCCGACGAAAUUGAUUACCAACUACGGUGGGGAGGACGCGACAUCGUUAUUCCCCGUGCAGGUCAGCGCACUGUGUAAUGGUGUCAGCGGCUCUGUCAAUCCCUAUGUUAUCCUCGACUCUACCAACACCACCACGAACAUCUAUGCGCAGUAUCAUGACUUCCGUGCUUUCACGAAUGACUAUCGCCCUGAUUGGUACUUCGAGACUAUGGUCAUGAUGCGAUACAAAUUCCGAGUUGGCUUUAUGGGUUACGUACCCCAGGAAAUUUCCGAUAUGGCGAACAGCGGUCGUGCAGUAGCCAUUUACAAUGGCGAAGUAUACGAAAUGACCAGUUACAUCAACAUUGGCCCGCAAGUCAAAGUGCCCAAUGGCUUCACGCCGCCGACUGGAAUCGACACUCAAUUCAUGUCUCAGCAGGUGCAGGAUCUCUUCACGUACAACAGCGGGCAGGAUAUUACUAAGCAGCUGAACUCACUGAACAUGGAUCCGACGACGCUUGCGGACCAGAAGACGUGCCUGCGUAAUCUGUUCCUCAUCGGGAAAGUUGAUAACCGUAACUCUCCUCAGUGUUUGUUCGCCAACUACAUCCUACUAGCGCUCUCCGUGAUGAUGGUUUCGAUCAUUGGGUUCAAAUUCUUGGCUGCCUUACAGUUUGGAUCAGCACGGGCUCCUGAAGAUCACGACAAGUUUGUGAUUUGCCAGAUUCCUUGCUACACCGAAGGCGAAGACUCUCUCAAGAAGACCAUUGAUUCCAUGGCCAAACUGCGUUACGAUGACAAGAGAAAGCUCUUGUUCGUUAUAUGCGAUGGUAUGAUCGUCGGUUCCGGAAACGAUCGCCCUACUCCCCGUAUCGUACUGGAUAUUCUUGGUGCUGAUCCUAAUCGUGAUCAGGAGCCGCUCAGUUUCCUGUCACUGGGUGAAGGUGCCAAACAACAUAACAUGGGCAAAGUCUACUCAGGUUUGUACGAAUGCGAAGGACACGUCGUCCCGUAUAUUGUCCUCGUCAAGGUCGGGAAGCCAACAGAACGGAGCCGGCCCGGUAACCGUGGCAAACGUGACUCUCAGAUGGUUCUUAUGCACUUCCUGAACAAGGUUCAUUUCAACUCGCCAAUGAACCCGCUCGAGCUCGAGAUCUAUCAUCAGAUCAAGAAUGUCAUUGGCGUCAAUCCGACCUUCUACGAAUAUCUGUUCAUGGUGGAUGCUGAUACGACAGUUGAUCCCAUGUCGUUGAAUCGCUUGAUUUCUGCCAUGAUGCAUGACAAGAAGGUUCUCGGUGUUUGCGGUGAAACAGCGUUGUCCAAUGCUAGACAUUCAAUCGUCACAAUGAUGCAGGUUUAUGAAUAUUUCAUUUCGCAUCACAUGGCAAAGGCUUUCGAGAGUCUUUUCGGUUCCGUCACUUGUCUUCCCGGUUGUUUCACGCUCUAUCGCCUUCGUACUCCUGACAGCAAGAAACCUUUGUUCAUUUCGAACCAGGUCAUCGAAGAGUAUUCCGAAAAUCGCGUCGAUACGCUGCACAUGAAGAAUUUGCUGCAUCUCGGUGAAGAUCGUUACCUAACCACAUUGCUACUGAAGCAUUUCCCAAACUACAAGACACAGUUUGUCCGUGAUGCACAUGCCUGGACCGUGGCACCUGACGAAUGGAAAAUAUUGCUAUCUCAACGUCGUCGGUGGAUCAACUCAACUGUACACAAUCUCGCUGAACUCGUGUUCCUUGAACGGCUCUGCGGUUUCUGCUGCUUCUCGAUGCGUUUUGUCGUCUUCAUCGAUCUGUUGUCGACCCUGAUUCAGCCCGUCACGGUUGCAUACAUUGUCUACCUCAUCGUCCUUGUUGCUGGAGAACACAAACCUCUACCCACCAUUUCGAUUAUUCUUCUUGCGGCCGUGUACGGUCUUCAAGCGCUGGUGUUCAUUGUCCGCCGCAAGUGGGACAUGGUAGGCUGGAUGUUCUUCUACAUUCUGGCUAUCCCCGCCUUCUCAUUCUUCCUGCCCCUGUAUUCGUUCUGGAGGAUGGAUGACUUCUCCUGGGGCGCUACUAGGGUUGUGUUAGGUGAGAAGGGCAAGAAGAUGGUGGUGCACGAUGAAGGCAAAUUUGAUCCCAAAGCCAUUCCUCUCAAGUCGUGGAGCGAUUUCGAAAACGAGCUGUGGGACAAGGAAUCAAAUCACUCCAUUGGGUCAUGGGUACCUCCCAAACCUGGGAAGGAAGACUACGAAUCUCGUGCCGAUUCUGUGUAUGGUCGAGAAACGUAUUAUGACCCCGACCCCUACUCUCGGAGCCGAGCUCCCAGCCAGAACAUGAUGCACCCGCCCGCGUUCGCCUCGGGUCGCAACUCGCCGGCAGAUGUCGCUUCCCUCCGUCCCUCAAUGCGUGGACAGUACGCCGCCAACGCGUAUGGUUCUCGUCCUGGGAGCCAGGUUGUUUAUGACCCACCUGAGGGUUAUCCGCCACCUAAUUACCCUCCUAGCCGGCAAGCGUUCUCCCGCUUACCUUCAACCCAAUCCGGGCUGGCAAACGUGCUGAACUACGAUGACCAAGGGGCGAAUGACGGGUUACCGUCAGACGCUGAGAUCGAGGCUGCCAUUCGGGACAUCCUUCGUGAGGCCGACCUGAACACUGUCACCAAGCGCGGUGUUAGGCAACAACUGGAGCGAGUGUUUGGUAUCGAUCUUGGACCGAAGAAGUCGUUCGUCAAUGCGACCAUUGAUCGUCUUCUGCUCAACCCGGUUUGAGAUAACUAGACACUGCUGUGGACCUGGACCUUUUUAUUUCCUUUUUCGUCCCUGAUGCUGUGCAUGGUCUGCCGAUGAACCUUCUCUUAUCCCUCGUUACGCAAUCCACUCAUAAACUGUACUGCUAUCACUGCCACGGACUCUCCUUUUACUAUCAGUCUAUCUUGCAUUUAUGGACUACUACUUAGAACAAUUAUGCAAAAUAGUCAUUGCAUACGUG